AAGACAUCGUUCCCAGAGUCCCUUGCUUCAUCACAUAAAGUCAUCAUGGGAAAGUCAAGUAAAGACAAGCGCGAUGUGUAUUAUCGUCUGGCCAAAGAGCAGGGCUGGAGAGCUCGUAGUGCUUUCAAAUUGAUGCAAAUCGAUGAGGAAUUCAACCUUCUGGAAGGCGUAACCAAAGCAGUAGAUCUCUGUGCUGCCCCUGGAAGUUGGUCUCAAGUUCUCAGCAAGAAACUUGUGGAGAAUCAAAAAGAGGGAGAUGAAGCAAAAAUCGUGGCUGUGGAUCUGCAGGCAAUGGCGCCUUUGCCAGGAGUGAUUCAGUUGCAGGGCGAUAUCACAAAGCAAUCGACUGCGGAUCAAAUUGUUUCAUUCUUCGACGGCGAGAAGGCCGAUAUUGUCAUUUGCGAUGGUGCACCAGAUGUGACCGGACUUCACGACAUGGAUGAAUACAUUCAAGCGCAACUGUUGUUGGCAGCACUCAAUAUCACAACGCACGUUCUUCGACCUGGUGGAUCCUUUGUGGCUAAGAUCUUCAGAGGCAAGGACAUCACAUUGCUGUACACGCAACUCAAGGUCUUUUUCCCAAAGGUCACCUGCAGUAAACCUCGCAGCUCAAGGAACUCCAGUAUCGAGGCGUUCAUCGUAUGUCAGGACUAUACCCCACCAAAAGAUUAUGUGCCGAACAUGGGCGACCCUUUACUGGAUCUUGCCCCAACUGAUGCCCAGGGCCGCUCCAAUAGGACAAUUGUGCCCUUCAUUGCCUGCGGGGACCUCAGUGGUUUCGACUCGGAUAUGACUUAUGCACUGCCCGACACAGGAAGUGAGGACUAUAAAGUGCUGGCACCGGUGCAGAUGCCCAUCACAGCUCCUUAUCUUAGUGCUAUGGAGAAGAAGCGCAAAGGAUUCUUCAACGAACAAAUGUCAAAAAAGUAAAAUAGGCACAUCAAUGUCAACUUCUGAUCAUUCACAUGCAGACACUGAAAUAAUACAUUGUCCAUUCACGGGUUUCAGAUAGAAGGAAGAUAAUG